GGGGCCGUGGCGGGGGGAAAUGCCUGGGGUUCGGCAUUGCGAGCGGGCCGCGCUGGGCUGGGGGGUGUUGGGCCGAGGCUCGGGCUGCCGGCCCGGAGCUCCCGCCGAGCUCUGUCCUGCUGCUUCCCGGUUACUGGCUGCUGCUGGGUCGCCGUGACCUCCCUCGUGCCGGGUCUGUGGCUCGUUUCGCCUGCAGUCCCGUGUUCCUUCGGCCUCGUUCCCUCCGGGGAGCGUUUCCCGGCCCUGCAGAUCUCCGUGCUUAUCUGCAAAUAGAACCUGGAAAUCCCGUAGAAUCGUUGCAUGGCAGGCAGUGCGAGCCUCUCUUGCUGGAAAAAGUCAUGGCGAAUUCACGUGGGAUCUUCGGAAGUAAUUAGCCUGAAGUUAAUCAGAGCCUCCAGCCUAUGUCUGUUAUUUAGAAAUGAAUGUCGGUAUGGAACUGAGCGGCCGCGGAGGUUUGGUGGAGAAUCAAGCUUCUAAAAGGUGGUUCGAAACAGCAUCUUCUCCGCCGUUCAAGCAGAGUAAAAAACCAAAGUAUUCUGUGGGAAAACAGUGCAGGAAAGCCUCUGUGCCAUUCCGAUAGGAUCGCAGCUGUGAGCGCAGCCCCAUCCCAGCAGGAACCGUUGGCUCUUCCUCUCUCUGUGGGCUCCAGGCUGUCCCUGGGGAUCGCGGUGCUGUGACACGCGCAGGCUGCCCGCCCCGUGCUGUGAUGCUCAGGAGCCAAAGCUGCCCGGAGCAGCUCGUGUGCAGCCGCUCCCCACGGCUGCUGCUGAGAGCCCCGGCUGGAGGCAGCCCUCCGUCCAGCCCGCAGCGCUGCGGGCGGCUCGAGGCGGCGGCCAUGUUCAUGUGAGCAGGAAAGCAGCGCGGCCAUGGCGGGCGGUGAGCGGGACUACGGGCUGACGGAGGAGCAGAAGGCUGUGAAGGCCAAGUACCCACCGGUCACCAAGAAGUACGAAUAUUUGGAUCACACAGCAGAUGUGCAGCUACAUGCAUGGGGAGACACUUUGGAAGAAGCAUUUGAGCAGUGCGUCAUGGCCAUGUUUGGCUACAUGACUGAUACAGAGACUGUGGAACCUCUGGAUACUGUUGAAGUAGAAGCAGAAGGACAUGAUAUGUUGUCCCUUCUCUUCCACUUCUUGGAUGAGUGGUUGUAUAAAUUCAGUGCUAAUGAGUUCUUUAUACCCAGGGAGGUGAAAGUGCUUUACAUUGACCGAAUGCAAUUCAAAAUAAGAUCAAUUGGGUGGGGAGAAGAGUUCUCUUUACCAAAGCACCCCCAGGGCACAGAGGUCAAAGCCAUAACUUAUUCAGCAAUGCAGAUCUGUGAAGAAGAAAAGCCAGAAGUCUUUGUCAUCAUUGAUAUUUAAAACAAGUUUAACGAAGCGGAUGCUUGUCAGUGGCUGGCAAAUUCUCUUCAGAACUGUAACCCCCGGGAAGUGGCUAAGGAAUUGGCUUGUUCAAAUCA